AUGGACUCGGAGGCGGAGGCGUUCCGGAUCGAGGUCCUGGCGAAGCAGGACGAUGGCGAGUUCGGCGCCACGACAGGGGAGGCGACGCUGAAGGCCCAUGAUGUCGACCUCUUCUGCGAGAUCGAGCUCUCGCGAUUUCGGGCGGCCGACAGCUUGAAGGCUCAGGGGGUGCUGUACUACACCCUGGUGGAGCUGAACGUGACGCGGCCGCUGCACAAGAUGCGCUCGGACUCCAAGUACUGGUGCGAGGAGGCCAUCAGGUUCUGGCCCAAUGCCAGAGCCUGGGUCCGUGUCAGGCUCUUCAACGAGCUGGGCGAGACGUUUUGGCAAGCACGAGCGGUGCUGAUGAUGGUGAACGUCCUGCACAAGUUCCAAGAACCGGAGGAGAUGCACAAGUUUGCCAAGGAGGCGUUCCAGCUCUUUGGCAAGGUGAGCGACCGCAAGCGCCAGGGCAUGUCGCUGCAUGGCACCAGCCUGGCGCACCUCGGGGAGGGCAACACGGCAGCGGCGGUGGAGACGGCCGUGCAGGCGCUGGCGAUCUACCGCGACAUUGGGGAUCGGCGCCUGGAGAUCGCAGAGCUGAAGACCAUCGCUAUGUGGCGCAUGACCCUCGAGGGAAACCAAGGACGCAUCGCGGCGCGGGAGGCGCUGGAGGCGCUGGAGCUGUCGCGGAAGUACCCCGAGCCCAACCAGGAGACAAUCACGCUGCAUGUUGCAUUGCAGGCGCUGCUUCACAUAGGUGAGAAGAAGCAGGCGCUGAAGGCUGCCCAGAUCUCCUUGAAGCGCUUCGAGGGCGACCCACGGCUGCAAAUGGAGACGACCACGCUGAAGGUCUUCGUGGACGAGCUCCAGGGCAAGAAGACGGAGAACGAGACGGACCUCAUGGAAGGCCUCAAGUCUCGCAAGCAGAAGAUGCACAUCAUGGUCGACUUGGCCAGGUCUCAUGUGAGCCACGGCCGUCCAGAUGAUGCAGAGCCGCUGGCCAAGGAAGGCCUGGAGAUGGCCCGCGAGUUUAAGAAGACCCUGCGGGAGGCCCAGGCGCUGCGGAUCCUGGCGCAGAUCAACCUGGCCCGUCGCAACCACUUCGAGGCCAUCUCGUUGGCCAAGAAGGCCAAGAAGAUCUCGGAGAAGGACAACGACAAGGAGAGCCUGGUCACCACCUGGCUAUUGCUGGCGCAGUGCCAUGCUGCGGCCAAGAACUUUGAUGAGGCGCAGAUUUGCUGCCGCGAGGCGCACGGCAUCUGUGAGGAGACGCAGAACUUCCAGCAGGAAUUGGAGGUGUGGCAUCAGGUGGUGGAGCUGCACAUGGCCACCAGCCACAAUGACGCCGCGCUGCAGGCGGCGGCCAAGCGCCUGGAGGUGGCCCAGAGGAACAAGGCCUCCAUCAAGGACCAGGUUGAGUCUCUGGAUGUGAUUUGCUCCCUCUUCCUGAUGACGAAAAACAUCCCCGAGGCAGAGAAGUCAGCCGCGGAGAUGCUCCGGAUGGCCAAGCUGAACGAAAGCCUGAUCGAUCUGGAGAUCGCUGCCCUGGUGCAGAUGGUCCAGGUAAACAUCAUGCGGCUCUCGGAGGGCCAAGGAGGCAGCACCUCUGCUGGCAAGGCGAUGCAGUACGCGGAGCAGGCCUGGGGUCUGGCCUCGAGGGAUUCAGCGGGCCCAGAGUACAAGAGCUCGGCGAAGUACUGGCAGGCCGAGAGCCUUGUGGCCACGGGCCGGCUACCGCAGGCGCUUACGGCAUCCCGGGAGGCGGAAGCCUUCUUCAUGCAGCUGCCCACUGACAACGGAGGCCGGUUCAGGAGCAUCCUGCUGCAGGCGCGCCUGGAGAAGGCGCUGGGCCGGACUGCGGAGGCCCAGCAGAGCGCGCAACGCGCCAUCAAAAUGGCAGAAGCCGCGGGGCACAAGGCCAACGAGAAGAUGGCCCGAGAAGAGCUGGUUCGGAUCAAUCGCCCACAGCCUACGGAUGAGGAUGACGAGGACGACGUGCCAAGGCCCGCUUCUGUGGCGGCAGCCACGGGCCAGCGGUCCGCGGGGCUGGACCGAGACAGCGUGCAGAGCAAGCUGAUGCAGCACGUGCGCAAUGUGCUGACGGAGGACGAGAAUGUGGCUACCGAAACCCCUCUGAUGGAAAUGGGCCUUGACAGCCUGUCCGCCAUGGACUUGCAGAACCUUAUUGCGACUUCCUUCCCCUUCAGCGGCGCGUCCAACACGAUCCUGUUUGACUAUCCCACUGUGCGGGAGUUGACCGAGCACCUGGUGGAAGAGAGCAAGCUUGCAGGUCUGUAG